AGCAGCUAACCGGGAAGUACCCACAGGCGGCUGCAGACACCGCCCAGCUUCCUGUCCGUGCAGGUAAACACAGCAGCUACACAACGGGAAGAAGAUGAAGCUGACCAGAGCUGGAUACAAGGAGGUGGUGAGGGUCGUUGAACAGAUGAGACCGACAAGACAAUGCAUGAAGAUGCUCAAGGAAAGAUUCCCAAAUCACUCGCAGUCCACUCUUCUGAGCAUCUUCUCCCUGGAGUACCAGAAACGAACCAAAAGAACAUUCUCAAGACAUCACGCCCCAGACAUCAUUGAAAACCACUACCAAAGGUAUCUAAGUGAAAGCAAGGCACAUCCCACUGCUCCUGUCCUGCUGGAGUUGGCCAAUGAGGUGGAUCUGUCUCCUGCACUGAUGGCUCGCAUCAUCCUGGACAGAUUCCUUCAGGACCUGGAGGGUGGACUGCCCUCUAAACCGGUCCUCAACAGUAUGCUGAAGGAGCCAUCGUUAAUCCCAGACCAAAUUUUGGCCAAGAACAUCUACCAGUGCACAAUAAAUGACUGCUGUUAUGGACCGCUGGUAGACUGCAUCAAACACGCCAUUGGCCAAGAGCAUGAAGUGCUGCUGCGGGACAAACUUAACGAGAGAAACCUUUCCUUUCUGGAUGAAAACCAACUGAGAGCUAUGGGCUAUGACAAAACACCUGAUAUCAUCCUGGAGGUUCCAAUCGCUGUGGAAGGACACAUUGUGCACUGGAUUGAGAGCAAAGCCUCAUUUGGAGACGACUACAGUCAUCGCACCUAUCUCAACGAGCAGUUCUGGAGCUACUGGAACAGGUUUGGUCCGGGCCUGGUGAUUUACUGGUACGGCUUCAUCGGAGAGCUGGACUGCCAGAGAGACCGAGGGAUCCUGCUCAAAGACUGCUUCCCUACAGACAUCGCCACCCUGUGCCCGGCCGCCCAGCAGGACCAGCCGCCGCAAGAGCCAGAAUAAGGACAAAGAGUGAGAAAAGAUGAGAAGUGGAGCAAAAAAAAAAAAAAAACACCCAAACAAGUCGAGAUGGGAGGAUGAAUGGAAGGAAAGAAAGAGGAAGACAAGGAGGCGUGGAGGGUUGGAACACUGGGUGGAUACCGAGAUCCAGAAGCAGUUUGGUUUUUCCUGCAGUGUGAAACUGCCCUGAACUCCUCCUGACCCUCUGUCUCCGUCUGUCUCUCCCUUUCUUCCUCUCGUUCAAUGCCCCAAAGCUACCACAUGUAAAUACACACCAGCACUCUGUGUAUAUCUGACAGCUCCGGGUCAGAUUCAUACCUGUGUGCGAAACACACUAUCUUGGCUGCUUUCCUGGUUAGCGGUCGGCUCCCGGCCCCUGGAUGGCCCCGUGCGAUGGACAGCCAGGGUGAGAGCCGGGGCCAGAGCAGGACAUCGGGCCCUUCCUUAUCACACCCAGAGCCCUGGCCUUUGUCACUCUUUCCUCCUCUGUUACAUUUGCGCAGAUAAGCGAGGUGCGGUCGGCGUGGACGCCUGUCUCUCACCUGCGUCACUCGGUGCCCUCUCACUCCCUCUCCGGGGGGGUAAACAGGAUCAUUUCUGAUUAAAGCUGACCUCAUUGUGACCCGUUUCACUUCACGUUAGAGAAUCUUCCGAGGGCUCACAUCACGACUUAAAUCAAUCACAACAAUCAAAACACGGUAGCAGUGUAUUUCGGGGUGGAUUCAACUUAGAACUUUCUCAACUUUUACAUUUCUAUAGAUUACUUAACUCUGAAUCUUAAUUUGUUGUAUUGGUUUUCACACAGAAACUCAUGUGGCAACUUUUCUCCUUUGCUUUUUUUUGCAUUGUAUUAAAAUGAGGAAAAACUCAGUCUCUGCUGCAGUUAACUAUUUUUCUAAUCAUUGUCAUUAAGCAACAAAAAAAUAAGGUAACCG